AGUGCUAAUGAAGUAACCAAACCAUUAAAGAGGGUAACUGAACUUCAGACAAGUAAUCCAUAACUGUGAUUAACCUCCAACAGUAUAGUUUUCUAUGUUUGAUUUAUUGCAUCUCUUAUUGGGUUUUUUAAAUGACACUUGAUCCUAAUAAUUUUGAAUUGGUGUUUGGUCAUUCUCCUUUCACUUUUUUGGCAGCACAGAUAAACACUAAACUUUUUGAUAAGAUUUCUGCGGAUCAUUAUCCUAUGCUCUUUUGUGCCCCUUCUUCUAAAUUUGUAUCGGGUGGUUGGGAACCUAAACGAGAGAAAAAUGAAAUGCAUGUUAUUGAUGAUGCAUGGACAGCUGAUAGAUUGCUUAAUUGGAUCAACAAGCAAACAGUAAGCUCCUUUGGCUUGGAUGAUGAGAAAUUUGAAAAUCAGCAUCUUUCAUCCAAUGUAUCAGACCCUCUACAGGUCGUUUAGGUGGCAUUAGAAAUAAAUUUGUCUGCUUCUAUUACAAAUUAAUGUUUCUUCUCUAUAAAUCAAGUUAUUGACUCUUGCAACUGGUGAAUUUUGUAAGAUUGCACGAGCUGUGUAUGAUGUUGAGGAGGCACAACCGCACAAGGUAUAACCUCUUGCUUUCUGGAAUAUAUGUAUUUGAGAUCCAGAUCAUUUCUGUUACUAAGACUGUUUGAAGGAGAAAUAGCCAACAGUUAUAUCAUGUGCUUGCUUGUAUACUUGGCUUUAUCUUCUUGUUUGAUUCAUCGACUUCUUUUUACUUUUAAUUUAUGGGAUAGA